AUGGAUCAUCCCGAUGUCCCAACAUUCUCGAUCAUUUCAUCGAAAGAGCUUGUUCGCCUCCGCCGAGUUCACAACGUUCCCUCGGCGAUCGAACUCAUUGUCCCGGACAGAGGAGAGACGCCGAAGACCGUGCGUGCGGGCUAUUGCGUCGCAUACACCCCAUUUUUUGAUGCAUGCAGGCUUUCCUUCUCAAUUCCGCCGGGUCUUCUUGUUAUCCUGGCGGAUCUGCAGUUGGCAUUUCCGCAGAUGAACCCUAAUUUCGUCCGCCAUGCCUUGGCGUUGCUGGUUAGGGCGGCAGAGUCUCGAAUUCCUUUUGGAAUUAACGAGCUCCACCGAGUUUGCUCUAUUAAGAGCAAUUCAUCCUUCCCGGGGUCGUUCUAUCUAUCUCCUCGAAAGAAUCGAAGCAUCUUCGAAGACAUUCUCGCUCGCGACGAUCGCUGGAAGGAGAAGUAUUUCUUCUUUAGGAUCAACGAAUACUCCGUUGGGUCCUUCGAUUUCAUUCGGCUACCCACUGUUUGGUCUCCGAGAGUUGUUGUUCCAACGAACACGGGCUUAGACAAACCGCUGCUUGCUGCUUUGAAGGACGGUGACUGUUCGUGGCCCAAUUUCACGAGGGAAAGGAUUCAUCGUGCGCUUGGAACGGAUAACCCACAACUCGCUAUCGCUCCAGAUCUUGAGAUUGACCCGUUGAACCCACCUUCCAUCAACCGUCCGGCUAAUUUCCACCAGAUCCCGAUUGGUACCAGCCGUAGGGAAGUCCCAGACGUAACCUCUUCGAGAACCUCACAUCAGCCUUUGAUCCGCAGGCCAUCUAAAGAAAAAAUGACUAGGAGACCAUCAGCUCGCGAGGCCGAAAAGAUCCGUCGCGCUGUGAGCGACGCGCUUGAACAAGCCUCUGGGGCUUACGAGACUCCGGACGGAGUUCUUCCCGCCGACCCAACAUCGAGGGCUAUCUCGCUUAGUUCGCGAGAUUCCGAGAAGACUUUGCGUUCAAAGAAGCAAAGGGUGGAGGAUCCGGAUAGGAGGUCGAACUCCUCAAACGGGUCAGGUGGAUCGAUCCCGUAUGGUUGGACUUUCAACCAUACUAAAGGGUGUCCGAUCGCUGAUGAUCUGGAGGGAGUAGCUUUCAUUUUCCGGCACUUCAAGCCUCCGGGUUGCGUGCUGCCCCCAGUUCGGGAUAUGGCGGAGCAUGCCGCCUAUGUGAAGAUGAUGGCUGCUCACGGUCGGGCUCUUGAGGCUGUCAACGAGUACUCUGCCGUACUUGACAAGUCUCUGACCAUGCCCACCUCCGACGAACUCGAGGAGAUGAAGAAGACUGUGUUUGACCUUUCGUCGAAGGUCAAGAACGCGGAAGACAAGGAAAAGCGUCUGGAGGCCCAGCUUCGAUCUGCGAAGACGGUGGCGGACUCUACAAGCCGGCGUGCUGACGAUCUGACCGAACAGGAUAAGUGGGAGAAGAAGAAGGUCGAGGCUGCAUGUGAGGCAGAGCUCCAAGAGGUUGAAUCCAACUUGGAUCUCAUCAAGGAUCUGAUCAGCGGAGCUCUCACAGCUCCGGACGAAAAAGCUCGCUUCGAAGAGAAGAUUCCUGAGCUUGCUCAAAAGCAUGCUGAUGCUGAAGUGUCUGAUUUCUCCCUCGCCAAGCUCGAUCUCCCGCAGAUCUCGGAGGCGUCGGUGAGACCGAUGGAGGUUGAUCCAAGGACGCAAGUUCCGCUCGGGCUUAAUCAGUUUGGGAGUAACGCCGCUGCUGGAGGUGGAGACGAGCUUGUUGGUGACUCGGCGAUCCCGAUGGAGAAAGAUGAUGGCGAGAACGAGCCUAAGGAGUAA